AUAGAUAUAUUUCCGUUUAGUGAAUUGUUGCUGGCUGGCCCCCGAGUCAAUAUGAAUUCUGCUGUUCUACCAAUCAGCAAAAUGCUCCAACGAGCUCGCAAACUGUACUAUCACGUAACCAGGUCCAUUUAGCUGCUCUGUCAUACAGAGAGCCAGUUUCUUCAGACUCCGGACAACGUGGUGGUGGUGAGUCUCGUCUAAGGGAGAGGAAAACCUGGCAAACACCUGGUAACAACAUGGAUAAUGUAGGCUAGAUGAGUUUUGCGCACUCGAAAACGAAUUGGUCUCUAAUUCAACCCCCCCCCCCCCCAAAAAACCAACAGAAGUGACAUUUGGACUUCUACAUUGCCGUGGGUGUGAUAGUCUAAGAACCAAUGAAUGCCACGGCUUGGAUAAUGGAGGUUUGGAUGAGUUCAAACCACGACGGGUCUCGCCGCCGCAACUGGUAACGGUUUAGGCUAAAUGUUUGGUGUUCACCUAAUGCGCGGUGCUAUAACAUCUUCCGACUCCAACAGAAACAGAAAGAUUUCCGACUGAUGUGAAACAUUUCAACUGAUCUAAGAUCUCGGGAGCUGUUAGGUUAAUAUCAGAGAGCUGCUGAUGAAAUAUAGCCAUAGAUACGUGGUUUUAUAACGGGUUUUGUUUUUUUAACGCUGGAAAACCCGUUAAACACCUGUUUAGAGUCGAGACGCGUAAUCCCAUGUUGGAGAGAUCACAAGAAAUGUUUGGGUUGCAGAGAAGAGGGGAAUUUGACAUUCUCUCUGUGUCACUCAUAGUGGCGUUGAUGUGCUGUGCGCAGAGCGCCAACGAACCGGGGAAUAUGUCUUUCGUAAAGGAGACGGUGGACAAACUGUUGAAGGGGUAUGAUAUCCGCCUUCGACCAGACUUCGGAGGCAAACCGGUUUCUGUUGGCAUGAGUUUAGAUGUGGCAAACAUCGACAUGGUGUCAGAGGUCAACAUGGACUACACGUUGACCAUGUACUUCCAGCAGUACUGGAGGGACAAGAGGCUGGCGUACGCUGGGAUCCCCCUCAACCUGACGCUGGAUAACCGGGUCGCCGACCAGCUCUGGGUCCCCGACACCUACUUCCUCAAUGAUAAGAAGUCCUUUGUGCAUGGGGUCACCGUGAAGAACCGUAUGAUCCGACUGCAUCCGGACGGCACCGUGCUCUACGGACUGAGGAUAACAACGACUGCUGCCUGUAUGAUGGACCUGAGGAGAUACCCACUGGACGAACAGAACUGUACUCUGGAGAUAGAGAGCUAUGGCUACACCACAGAUGACAUCGAGUUCUACUGGAAAGGGGGGGAGAAUGCUGUGACAGGAGUGACUCGCAUCGAGCUGCCUCAGUUCUCCAUCGUGGACUACAAACUGGUUUCCAGGAAUGUGGUCUUUUCCACAGGUGCCUACCCACGUCUGUCUCUGAGCUUCAAGCUAAAGAGGAACAUCGGCUACUUCAUCCUGCAGACGUACAUGCCCUCCAUCCUGAUCACCAUCCUGUCCUGGGUCUCCUUCUGGAUCAACUACGACGCCUCCGCUGCCAGAGUGGCUUUAGGUAUCACCACGGUGUUGACCUUGACCACCAUCAACACCCAUCUGAGAGAGACGCUCCCUAAGAUCCCCUACGUCAAGGCCAUAGACAUGUACCUGAUGGGCUGCUUCGUGUUCGUCUUCCUGGCUCUGCUGGAGUACGCCUUCGUCAACUACGUCUUCUUCGGACGGGGCCAUCGGAUGCAGAAGAAGUUGGCAGAGAAGGUCAACAAUGACAGGGCGGCCAAGUUCGACGGCAACAGGGUAACGUUUACCCCCUCAGAAAUGGUUGACUCUCAGGGCAACAUCCUCCUGACAACCCUGGAGAUCCACAAUGAAGUUGGCGCCGGCAAUGAGAUCACAACCAGCAUCACUGAGACAACCACACGGAACUCCACCUCCAUGAUAUUAAACCAAUCAGGCCUCCAGUACCGAAAACCGAGUGCUCUGAGUGGCCGGGAGAGAAACGCCCAUGCUCACGUGAAGAAGACACGGCUACGCAGGCGGUCCUCUCAAUUCCUUAUCAAAAUCCCCAACCUGACGGACGUGAACUCCAUCGAUAGAUGGUCACGGGUUGUCUUCCCCUUCACCUUUACCCUCUUCAACUUCAUCUACUGGCUUUACUACGUCAACUAGUGGUUCUCAAGCCUCUCCUCAGUGGCCCCACAGCCGUUCAUCUACUGGCUUUACUACGUCAACUAGUGGUUCUCAAGCCUCUCCUCAGGGGCCCCACAGCCGUUCAUCUACUGGCUUUACUACGUCAACUAGUGGUCUUCAAGCCUCUCCUCAGGGACCCCCAGCCGUUAAAUUUUAGAACCACUGACCUAAGUAACAGAAGGGAUUUUCACUCCUUAAACUUCUUGUUUCUCUAAAGAGUAAAGAAACCCAUCUGUAUUCGGAGGACAUAUGACUACGCAGUCCAUACUGAGUGCAGAGAGACACUACACUGAGCAACACUGAGUUGUGGGGGUCUCUUGAACUGUACGUUCAGACGAGCAGAGACAGACGCUUUGUGGAAAUACUAUCAUUCUGAACACUCCUCUGUACAAACAAGAGGGGGACACAGUAAAUGGUAUGGGGUUUUCAGAAGCGUUAUUUACUUUGGUUUAUGCCAAUUAUUGUGACUCUACCCCUUAUUUUAGUGUGAGAAAUUCAUUGAGCUAAAACUCAUUAUAAACUGAAUGGGAAAUGAAUACUUUUUUGCUUUUUAUCAUAGUAGCCCGUUAUAAACUGAAUGAGAAAUUAAAUGCACAGCCUUUGAGUCAGGAUAUGUCUGGUUUAUCUGUUGGGAUAUUCCCAUUCCAGUCAUGUCUAUGUUCUAUGGACUGUCAGAACAGGAUCAUAUGUACUGUAUAGGGUUGCAUAUGAGCUGAAUAUUAUAGUCGUGAAUAGUCAUUAACAGUCAUGAAUAACCAUGACUAGUCAUGUACUGAAUCACUUUUGGAUACUAAUUCCAUUGGCUUGGGUCUGACUAUUCUGCAAACGAUUUACUUGGUUUAAAAUAUAUAAGUGCUGAAGUAACGUCUAUGUAAUCUUGAUCUAUAUUUCACUGUACAUUGGAGGCAACGUAAUGUAAACUCUGCUCUCACCAACCCACACCUCAGUAUCACUGUAGUUCAUAGGUCACGCCUAACAUCCACACUGCCAAGAGAAGCAUGUCAUGGAACCCGAAUCAUCCAUUUUUAUUCAUAAAACGAGACUUACUUUUAUUCAUUAUACAAUAAUCAAUGUAAGUCAUUUACCUUCCCUGAGUGAAAUUGUGUUUUCUGAUCACAAGAAAACGUGUGUUAUGAUCUGCUGUCAUGCAAUGCUCAAUCAAGUCUUUGAUGUGGACCUUACAUGUGUUGGCAAUACAGUAGGCUCUGACCUUCGUCUGACCUAAACUGUACCCAUAUCUUUAUGAAUAGCCGAAUGAAUUUUGACUGUUAUUUUUUACAAUGUACAUACACACCGUAGGCAUAGAAAACACAACUCAGGUUCUGAAUGGAGAAGUUCCUUAUCACAAUACACAUGAUCUAUUGUCUGAUUGUGUUAUUACACAGUAUUCCUAUACAUUUCCCUAUGAUUGGUUUGUAAUGUAGCCAUACUAUAUACUACACAUGACUACUACUUUAUGUUUCUCAGUGAAGUAUCCUGUCCUUUAAGACCUCAGAGAACUGACACUAGGGGUUCUGCUCAUACACACUACAACAACAUCCCCCUGGUCCAAGACAGACAUUACACAUUAGAGGCUCUGUAUAGGGAAUAGGGUGCUGUUUGAGAUGCAGACAGACUUUAAACUAGACCCCCCUACAGAGUCUAGACCCCCCCCCUACAGAGUC